GAGGGGAGGUUUGGAGAAUUGAUCGGGCCACGUCGAGAAAAGCACCCAUACAUUGUAGUGAACUAGUGCAGAGUAGACUCUCGACAAGGAUACAGAGACACCUAUCACCUGAACUAUCAUAAACUGUAUUUAGAGAUAUCAUUUACACUCCUGUUUAUUACAAUGGACUGCGCUUUUGAGCACUUGGAUGCUGUUGGUUUUCUGGAGAUUUGGCAACACUUUGAUGCAGACGAUAAUGGUUACAUUGAGGGGAAGGAGUUGGACCACUUCUUCCGUCACAUGAUGACGAAAUUAGGUCCGGAGGAUAAAGUAACAGAGGAGAGGGUCCAGAGGCUGAAGCAGAGGUUCAUGUCAGCCUAUGAUGUCACCGCAGACGGACGCCUGCAGAUCCAGGAGUUGGCCGUGAUGAUCCUGCCACAGGAUGAGAACUUCCUCCUGGUGUUCCGCAGAGAAGCCCCUCUGGACAACAGUGUAGACUUUAUGAAGAUCUGGAGAAAGUAUGAUGCUGACAGCAGUGGAUACAUAUCAGCUGUGGAGCUGAAGGGUUUCCUGAAGGACUUGUUCCAGAAGCACGGGAAGGCUGUGUCCUCCAGCAAACUGGACGAGUACACAGACGCAAUGAUGAAGAUUUUUGACAAAAAUAAGGACGGUCGCUUGGAUCUGAACGAUUUGUCCAGGAUCCUGGCUCUAGAAGAGAAUUUCAUGCUACAGUUCAAAAUGGAUGCCUCCAGUCAAGAAGACAGAAAGAGAGACUUUGACAAAAUAUUCAACCACUAUGAUGUUAGUAACACCGGAGCUUUGGAAGGACCAGAGGUGGAUGGCUUUGUAAAAGACAUGAUGGAACUGGUCAGGCCCAGCAUCACUGGUCCAGAGCUGGACAAACUGAGGGCUGUGCUGCUGGGACACUGUGACGUCAACAAAGAUGGAAAGAUCCAGAGGAAUGAGCUAGCGCUGUGCCUGGGAAUGAAGCCCAAUAAGGCCUAGUUUUCCCCGUGCAGAGAAUACCUCUACUACGGAUCCUUCCCUUCACUGUGAUGCAUCCAGAACACCCAGAACGGAUCCUUCCCCUCACUCUGAUACAUCCAGAACACCCAGAACGGAUCCUUCCCCUCACUCUGAUACAUCCAGAACACCCAGAACGGAUCCUUCCCCUCACUGUGAUACAUCCAGAACACCCAGAACGGAUCCUUCCCCUCACUCUGAUACAUCCAGAACACCCAGAACGGAUCCUUCCCCUCACUCUGAUACAUCCAGAACACCCAGAACGGAUCCUUCCCCUCACUCUGAUACAUCCAGAACACCCAGAACGGAUCCUUCCCCUCACUCUGAUACAUCCAGAACACCCAGAACGGAUCCUUCCCCUCACUCUGAUACACCCAGAACACCCAGAACAGAUCCUUCCCCUCACUCUGAUGCAUCCAGAACACCCAGAACGGAUCCUUCCCCUCACUCUGAUACACCCAGAACACCCAGAACGGAUCCUUCCCCUCACUCUGAUACACCCAGAACACCCAGAACAGAUCCUUCCCCUCACUCUGAUGCAUCCAGAACACCCAGAACGGAUCCUUCCCCUCACUCUGAUACAUCCAGAACACCCAGAACGGAUCCUUCCCUUCACUGUGAUGCAUCCAGAACACCCAGAACGGAUCCUUCCCCUCACUCUGAUGGCAUCCAGAACACCCAGAACGGACCCUUCCCCUCACUCUGAUGGCAUCCAGAACACCCAGAACAGAUCCUUCCCCUCACUCUGAUACAUCCAGAACACCCAGAACGGAUCCUUCCCCUCACUCUGAUGGCAUCCAGAACACCCAGAACGGACCCUUCCCCUCACUCUGAUGGCAUCCAGAACACCCAGAACUUUAUGUCCAAUCUUCAAAAACAAAGAAGACAACAGCUGCCGGUGUUUUAGCAUGUUGUAGAACAAGCACGGUUCUGAAUGAUAUCGAUUGUAUUUUCUUGUGACAGAUUCAAGAUAAUACAGAAUAAUACAGGUAGCCUACUGGUAAAUGAAUACAGAAUAAUACAGGUAGCCCACUGGUAAAUUAAUACAGAAUAAUACAGGUAGCCUACUGGUAAAUGAAUACAGAAUAAUACAGGUAGCCUACUGGUAAAUUAAUACAGAAUAAUACAGGUAGCCUACUGGUAAAUUAAUACAGAAUAAUACAGGUAGCCUACUGGUAAAUGAAUACAGAAUAAUACAGGUAGCCUACUGGUAAAUUAAAGUGUAUCUAUUUGAAAAAGCAGGAGAAGGCUCAAUGUUCAAGACUGUGUUGUGAAUGAUGCUUAUAUUUUUCUCGUUGUGUUUUGUUGGCCUGGCCAUAGCUGGCUAUUGGGCAAUUUGCAUGUAAGUGUAGUACUGUAUUGUACAUUAGGUGAGUUGCUGUUUUUAAUAUUAUAUGAUGAUGUUGAACAAUGAUAAUUAAAUCAAGAAUAGUGGCA